AUGGCCCUCGAUGGGGAAGAGGAGCCGCUCACUGGCUCCGCGCGCGCUGCCAAGCCGGCUGAUCGCUGGCCGUGGGUGUUUGUCGGCGUCAUGCUCGGCCUUGCCGCCGCGCUCAUCUUCACUCAUGGCGGCAGCGCGGCCGGCAUGCUUGGCGCGCCGCAGGAGACCACGUGCGGAGGGUUCCCGUCGACGGACCCGGGGCACGUGGUCCAGCCGCGCGACGGGCGGGUGACCAACGUGCUCGUCACCGGCGGCGCCGGCUUCAUCGCCUCGCACUUUGCGCUGAUGCUGGUCGACAGCGGCGGCUUCAACGUAACGGUGGUGGACGACCUGUCGCGCGGCUCGAUCCACACGAUCCUGCGGCUGCAGGAGCUCGCCAAGGCGGCGGGGCAGCCGCUCCACUUCGCGCAGCUCGACGUCGCCCGCCAGUUUGAGAUGGCGGCGCUGCUGCGCGAGCGAGCCGUCGAGUUGGUGGUGCACUUCUCGGGCAACGCGUACGUGGGCGAGUCGAUGGUUCGGCCGGAGGACUACUUCCAGAACAUCACGGUCUCGACCGUCGCCCUGCUCCGCGCGAUGGGCUCCGCCGGAGUCAGCAAGCUCAUCUUCUCCUCCUCGUGCGCCACAUUUGGCUCGCCCACCCAGUUUCCGAUCACCGAGCAGACGCCGCAGCGCCCAACCAACCCGUACGGCGCGGCGAAGCUGCAGGCCGAGCAGGCGAUCAUCGCGUACGUCAAGGCGCGCAAGCGCGAGGGCGUCGCCUUCUCCGCGGCGCUCCUCCGCUACUUCAACGUCGUCGGUGCGGACCCGCGCGGCCGGAUCGGGCCGCACCUGCGGCACGAGGCCAACAAGCUGUACCCGCGGAUCGUGGACGCGGCGUACGACGUCGUCCUCGGGCUGCGGCCCGAGCUGCGCGUGAUGGGCUCGUCGUACCCGACCAAGGACGGCUCCGCCGCGCGCGACUACAUCCACGUCACCGACCUGGUCGACGCGCACGUCAAGCUGAUGGCGGCGCUGCGCGGGAACAGCCUGCUCUACUACAACGUCGGGAACGGGAUGCCGUACACGGUGCUCGAGAUCAUCAAGGUGGUCGAGCGCGUGACCGGGCGGCCGCUCCCCUUCACCCUCUCCCAGGAGCGGCCCGGCGACCCGCCCGCCCUCUACUCGGACCCCGCAAAGAUAAAGGCGGAGAUCGGCUGGGAGCCGCGCUACGCCGACAUCGAGGCGGCGGCCAGAGAGGCGCGCCGCUCGCGAGAGGCGCUCAAGCACUACGACCCGGCCCACCCGUCGCCUUCGGUGGACCCGCUCGAGCACUCCGGGCCCGCCUUCACCGAGGAUAGCGACGACGCGCCGAAGCUCGGCGACAACCCGCGGAUCGCAAUCAUCGGCGCCGGCCCGACUGGGCUGUGCGCCGCCUACCGGCUAACCGAGCUCGGCUACACCAACUGGGAGCUGGUCGAGGCGUCCGAGAAGGCGUCGGGGCUCGCGUGCACCAUCCGCGACGAGAACCGCUUCUCGUGGGACAUCGGCGCCCGCUGCCGAGAGUGGCUCUACCACCAGCGCUACUCGCCGGCGCGGAUGCGAGACACAUGGGUCGGCUACCCGGUGCAAGCCAACCUCUGGCGGCUGCCGCGCGACGAGGAGUGGCUGCACGCCGGCUUUGGCGAGGCGCUCACGCAGUCCUUCAUGGCGCCGUACAACUCCAAGGUGUGGGCGCACCCGCCGCACGAGAUGAACUCCAUCUGGGUGGGGGAGCGCGUCGCGACGAUCCGGUUCGAGGACAUCCUCUCCAACGUCAUCCAGCGCAAGGACGCGCCCGCGUGGGGGCCGAACGCGCAGUUCCGCUACCCGAUGAAUGGGACGGGCCACAUCUGGGAAAAGAUCUUCUCGGAGCUGCCAAAGGAGAACACGCGCCUCAACGCGCGCGUCGCCGCGGUGCCGUUCGACGGCCUGCUGUCGACGAUGCCGCUGCCGCUGCUGCUCCGCUCGCUGCCCGAUGAGCCGCACCUCGCGCCGAUGGCGGACGGCGACAACGGCGCCGCCGACCACUCGCGCUUCAAGCACCAGACGUGCAACGUGUUUGGCGUGGGCAUCGAGGGGGACCAGAUCCCGGAGGCGCUCAACGGCGUGCACUGGGUCUACUUCCCGGAGGACGAGUACAUCUUUUACCGCGUCACGGUGCUCUCCAACUUCUCGCCGCAGAUGGUGGCGAAGCCCUUCCAGCAGUGGUCGCUGCUCAUCGAGGUGUCCGAGUCGAAGCACCACCCCGUCCCCCGCUCGCGCGCCAAGCUGCGCGCGCUCGUCAAGGAGGGCCUGGUCAAGUCCGGGAUGCUGCCCGAGGGCGCAAAGGUCGUGGCCAUGUGGGACAAGCGGCUGGAGUAUGGCUACCCGGUGCCGUACGUGGAGCGCAACAUGCACGUGCACGAGGCGGACCGCGCGCUGCGGAGCCUCGGCAUCUGGUCGCGCGGCCGCUUCGGCUCGUGGAAGUACGAGGUCGGCAACCAGGACCACUCGUGCUUCCUCGGGAUCGACGCGGUGGACUCGAUGCUCUUUGGCGGCAGCGCCGCGGGCCGCGAGGCGACCUUCAACGUGCCGAACAAGGUCAACGUCCAGUACCGAAAGUACGACUUCGACUUUGACCCCGCCGCGCUCGCGCGGGACGCUGGCCGCCAGCACACGUUUGGGAAGCCUCCGCGCCGGCUGCAGCGGCUGCCGCAGUGGGACUGGGUGGCUCACCGGUGCAAGGAGCACGACGUCUGGACGGACGCGGUGCGCAAGGUCAUGGUGGCGCUGCCGCGGCCGACCAAGUGGCUCAUCCACUCGUACGAGGGUUGCGGCGCGGCGGAGAUCAAGCGGCCGAUGCCAGAGAUGCUGCGCGAGGGGCUCAACCACCUCGACCGCAUCCCGUUCGACAGCGCGCUGCCGCAGAUCGCCGCGUGGCUGCGGCACAUUGCCGCCCACUACGCAAAGCUGCCGCCGGUGGUGGUGUUUGUGCCGCCCAACGUGCCGGCCGCCUCGCCGCUGCUCGCCGCCGACGGCCUGUCCGGCGCCUUGGUCGCGGCCAAGGACUUUGGCGCGUGGGGCAGGCACCCGACAGACAUGCCUCGCUCGAUGCGAGACGACUUUUGCGCGAAGCUGUGGCCGCUAGUGCAGCAAGGACGCCGCUCGCAUCGGCCGUGCCCGGAGCGGGUGGUUGGGAUGGGGCCGACGGCGACCGCCGCCUACUACGCCUCGGCGCAGACGGUUCGCGCGGUGCCGCUGACCGUGUGGCAGGCGCUGCUGGCGGCGGUGUCGGACAAGUCGACGGGUGCGGCGACGGCGACGAUGCUCUCGUACUCGAUGCACAUCUUCUUCGGGGAGAAGGCGAUGCUCAAGCCCGGCCUCGUGCACUCGCACCAGAGCUGAGGUGC